UUUGGUCAUUUCCCCCUCUUUCUUCAAUGGAAAAGUUCUUCAAUUAAUCCACCCUUCACACCAAAAAUCACCAUCUCCUCCUCCUUCUUCUUCUUCUAUCUACGAUGUUUGCCAACAACCACACCAACGUAUCGAUCACCGUUUCCGACGAAGAACCCGACGAACUCGGUCGUAUGCGCGUCCGUGCUCGCCGGAAACGGAAGAAACUCAGCAACAGAAGGCUACUCCGGCGGCUCUUUGUGAGGUACUGGACACUUCUCGUCAUUAUCCCCGCCGCGUGCUUGCUCUUCUUCGAAGCUUCUAGAAUCGCCCACUACAAUUCUUCCAGCUCCAAUAACGUGGAUUCGGAAACACUUACAGAAACUACGCGUGAUAAUCGCGUUGUCAAUGAAUCGAAACCCGCGGUGGGAAAGGGAAUGGGAGUGGAGCAACAUAAGAACUUGAAUCGCCUUGAUCCAACUACUCAUGUUGUUGGUGGUGUUAGAGAACGUUGCUUGAAGAUCCUACCACCUGAAAAGCUUGAGACCCUGGAUUUUCCUGAGGAGAAAGAAUCAGGUGGCCCUAUCGAUGAAGUUUUAUAUAUGUUGUCAGAGAGUGAUGCAUCUUUUGUAGGAGGAAAUACUACACUGUCUCAGUUACGUACAGAUGACAUAAAAUUUAAUUACUUUACUGGGAAUCAAACUUUUGAGGAGAGAGAUAGAAGUUUUGAGAUGAAGAAAACUGUGAAAGUACAUUGUGGGUUCUACAGUGUUAAUGGAGGAUUUAAAAUAUCUGAUGAAGAUAAGAGUUACAUGCAAGCUUGCAAAGCUGUGGUAUCAACUUGUGCAUUUGGUGGUGGUGAUGAUCUAUAUCAACCGAUUGGAAUGGCUAAGGCUUCGAUUCAGAAGGUUUGCUAUGUAGCAUUCUGGGAUGAAAUUACUGUAAAAGCACAGGAAUUAGUAGGACGUAGAAUUGGACAAAAUGGAUUUAUUGGGAAAUGGCGUGUUGUUGUCGUUCAGGAUCUUCCUUUUUCUGAUCAAAGGUUGAAUGGUAAAAUUCCCAAGAUGUUAAGCCAUCGCCUUUUUCCUCAAGCUAAGUAUUCUAUUUGGGUAGACGCCAAGUCCCAAUUUAGGAGGGAUCCACUAGGUGUUUUGGAAGCCCUACUUUGGCGCUCGAAUUCGAUACUUGCCAUAUCUGAACAUGGAGCUCGAAGUAGUGUCUAUGAUGAGGCUAAGGCUGUUGUCAAGAAGAACAAAGCCAAGCCAGAGGAAGUUGAAGUGCAAUUGAAUCAAUACAAAAAAGAUGGCUUGCCUGAAGACAAGAGAUUUAAUGGAAAGAAAGCUCUAUGUGAAGCCUCUGUUAUCGUGAAGAAGCACACACCGCUAACUAAUCUGUUGAUGUGUGUCUGGUUUAAUGAGGUUGUGCGCUUCACUUCUCGGGAUCAGCUCAGCUUCCCAUAUGUUCUGUGGCGGCUGAAAGCAUUCAAAAACAUCCAUAUGUUCCCUGUCUGUACCCGGAAGGAUCUUGUCAAUAGCAUGGGACACAUCCGCAAGGCAAAACCAUUGCAAGGCUGACCUGAUUUAGUUAAAUGGUUAGAACCAAUGGCUAUAUUUGCAAUUGUCUAACACAUUCCUUUUUUGAUAGAUUCAUUGGUCCCUGUAAGUAUGAUCGUUACUUGUACCACAGUGUGAGCUCUCUGAUUAGAUUAUCUCAGAAAAGAUAUAGCUUCUAUGAAAAGGUAAUUCAAACAAACAAAAAAGAUUUUUGCUGUGUAGCUGGUUCCUAACACACAUGAACUUGUAUGGUAACGUCAAUCUUUUCAUAAUUUUUCAGAUUGAUGUUCCAAUAAAUCAUGUGAGUUGGAAGUUGGAACAAUGUUAGACAUACCAAUGAACCAGUUGGGCAUAGCAUAAUAUUAUCCGUGCGGGUAGUACGUGCAUUGUCAGCUUGGGGAUUCAUAUUUGUUACUUUCUUUGUUCUCUUUCAUCUAUUAUUGUUACUUUUUGAUACAUCUUUAGAUCAAUUUAUAGUUUUAUACACAAUUAGUUGUUGAAGGAUGAUGGGUUGUUGUCAAAAAGCUUAGCUUAGGA